AUGAGGAAACCACUUACAAAUGGAACGAAACCCCUCGUGAUCGACGACUAUGAAGAAAACUUGAACCUGAGUAUCCAAUGGUGCCGUUGUAUCUUAAAACCGAUGGGUAUCUGGCCGAAUUCGUCCAACGUUCCACGAAGGCAAAGAUACUUCUACCGACUGAUAAACGCAGUGUGUUAUAGUUUAAUCAACUUUCUGUUACUGCCUUGCAGUUUGUACACGAUUCUCGAAGUCGAAGACGAUUACAAUAAGAUCAAACUAUUUGGACCAUUAAAUUUCUUCGUAAUAGCGUUGUUGAAAUAUUCUUUACUAAUUCUUCACGAGAAUAGUAUCCGUGAAUGUAUUAAACAAAUCGAGCAGGACUGGGAGAAUAUCAGAUGUCAAGAGGACGAAAAGAUCAUGGUGGAGAACGCGAACUUUGGAAGGAAACUGAUUCUUCUUUGCACUGUCUUUUUGUACAGUGGUUUCGCGUUUUAUUACAUCGCUAUACCGAUUAGCGUGGGUAAAAUAACGGCAGAGAAUGAAAACUUUACCUUCGUACCGCUGGUGUUUCCCUUUUCAAGGUUGAUAGUUGAUACUCGCUAUAGUCCAACGAACGAGAUCAUUUUCUCAGUUCAAUUGGUAGCUGGUGCCUUAGUGCAUGGCAUCACGUCAGCUGCUUGCGGUUUGGCAGCUAUGCUCGCGGUUCACGCUUGCGGACAAAUGGAGGUUUUGAUGAAUUGGCUGAAACAUUUGAUUGAUGAUGGAUCAGAUAUGGGCGAGACCGUGGAUGUCAGAAUCGCAAGCAUCGUGCGUCAACACGUUAAGAUACUGAAAUUUUUAACACUUACAGAGCAAAUACUUCGACAUAUAUCUUUGGUGGAAUUUUUAGGAAGUACAAUGAAUUUAUGUCUACUUAGUUAUUAUACGAUCAAGGAAUGGAAUCGAAAUGAUAUGACAAAUUCUGUGACUUACAGUGUUCUCCUUGUGUCUCUUACUUUCAAUAUAUUCAUAUUUUGUUACAUAGGAGAACUUGUAAGUGAGCAGUGCAGAAAAAUUGGAGAGAUGUCAUACAUGAUCGACUGGUAUCGACUGCCAGGAAGAAGAAAACUUUGCAUCAUCUUGAUCAUUGAAAUGUCUAAUUCUUCGAUCAAACUCACAGCAGGAAAUAUCGUAGAAAUGUGUUUUAGUACGUUCGGCAAUGUUGUCAAAACUGCGGUAGCCUGUUUAAACAUGUUACGAACAGUAACUUGAACAUUCUUUGAA